AGUUUUGAGAGUAUAACUACUUUGCAGACCAAACCGAACGCCCUCUCAAUUCUCAGAGAAAAAACUUUACCAUAAUUCUUACCUCAUUAUAGCAAAACACUUAGAUUAUUGAGCUUGUUUUGUCAAAUUUCGAGGCAAAUUGAUCAUCUUUUUCCUCACCGGAGGAGAGAGAAAAACAGAAAAAUUAAGUUUUUGUAUGAAGAGCACCAGUUAUGGGCGAUUAUACUCCUAUUCUUGAUACUCAAGUUGAAAUGGGAAUCACUUCAAUUCCUCCAAUUUCUAAGCAAAACCCAAAAACCAUUGCUAGAAAGUAUCAGUUAGAAUUGGCAAGAAAAGCAUUUGAGGAGAAUGUGAUUGUGGUUUUAGAGACUGGUUGUGGAAAGACCCUAAUUGCUAUAUUGUUAAUGUGUGAUAUGGCUCAUUUGAUCAAUAAUCCACUAAAGAAUGUUUGUGUUUUCUUGGCUCCUACUGUGGUUUUAGUUCGUCAGCAAGCUAGGGUUAUUGAACAAUUCACUGAUUUUAAGGUUGGAGUUUACUCGGGCGAUGAUGCUAAGCAUUUGAAGACGCAUGUUGCUUGGGAAAGAGAGCUUGAGCAAUAUGAGGUUCUUGUUAUGACUCCACAAGUUUUGUUGCGUAGUUUAUGCCAUUGCUUCAUCAAGAUGGAGAGAAUUGCUCUCUUAAUAUUUGAUGAGUGUCAUUAUGCACAAAAAGAGAGCAAUCAUCCUUACGCAGAGAUCAUGAAAGUCUUCUAUGAUAUGAAAGUUGCUCAAGUUCCCCGUAUCUUUGGCAUGACUGCAUCUCCCAUAUGCGGGAAAGGUGCUUCUAUCAAUAGUCUUCAAGCUUUGCUUCAUGCUAAGGUUUAUACUGUUAAUGACAAGAGAGAGCUGGAAACAGUUGUUGUAUCUCCUGUGGUCGAAGUGUACUACUAUAGUGCAAAAGAAAAAUUGUUGAAUUCGCACAAGAAGUGUUCUGAUAAACUUGAGGAGAUCAAACGUCAGUGUACAUCUGUGCUUUACAGGACGGGAGAUGAUCCCUCUAGAGUACAGAACACCAAGAAACUUCUGCAAAGACUACAUAACAACAUGGUGUUUUCUCUAACUAGCCUUGGCCUUUGGGGAGCGUUGCAAGCCUGUCACAUCCUUCUGAAUGGUGAUGGCUGGGAGAGAAAUGAGCUGAUAGAUGCAAAAGGAAACUCCAGUGACGACUUCUUACAAAAUGAGUAUCUUACUCAGACUGCAUGUCUACUGGACAUGGAAUGUAAGAACGAUGUUGCUGAAGGAACGACUGAUAUGUUGUGUAACAAUCUUCUAAGGGAGCCUUUUUUCUCACAAAAGGUUCUGCGUCUUGUUGGAAUCUUGUCAAACUUUAGGUCAAGGCCAGAUAUGAAAUGUAUAAUUUUCGUGAAUAGGAUUAUUGUUGCCAGAUCUUUGGCAUAUAUCCUUGGAAAAAUUAAGGUUUUAUCUGCUUGGAAGUGCAAUUACCUGGUUGGAGUUCACUCCAAGCGUAUGUCCAGAAAUACCAUGUAUCAGAUUCUGGAAGAAUUCCGGUCUGGCGAGCUGAAUCUGUUGGUUGCUACUAAAGUUGGUGAAGAAGGACUUGAUAUUCAGACAUGCUGCCUUGUAAUACGGUUUGAUCUUCCUGAAACUUUGGCUAGCUUUAUACAGUCCAGAGGCCGUGCAAGAAUGCCUCAGUCAGAAUAUGCUUUUUUAGUUGACAGAGAGAUGAAUUUGAUGGACAGUUUCAGAAAAGAGGAGGAUCUUAUGAACAUGGAUAUUAGAGACAGAAAACCCAAUGGAGUUAUUGCCGAUUUCAACGAAGAAGUUUAUUCCGUGGACUCCACUGGUGCUACCAUUAGUGCUCAAAGUAGUGUUUCGUUGCUCUACCAUUACUGUUCUAAACUGCCACAUGAUGAGUAUUAUAACCCCACGCCAGAAGUAUUUAAUGUUGAUGAUACAGAAGGAACCAUAUGUCACAUUAUUCUUCCUUCUAAUGCUCCUAUUCAUCACAUAGUGAGUGCGCCCCAGUCGUCAAUGGAAGCAGCGAAGAAAGAUGCUUGUCUAAGGGCAUGCAAAGAGUUGCAUCAAGUUGGUGCUUUGACUGAGUAUCUGUUGCCGGAACAGGACAAUGUAAGGGAAGAGGCUAACCUCGAUAGUUCUGAAUCUGAUAGCACUGAAGACGAAGAUUCACCAUUUGAGUUGCAGGAGAUGGUAGUUCCUGCUGCACUGAAGGAACCGUGGUCUGAUGUGGAUACCUGUGUUUGUCUCAAUUCCUACUUUAUAAGGUUUAAACCUGAACCACAUGAUAGACUGUAUAAAGAAUUUGGCCUUUUUGUAAAAUCACCUCUGCCUUGUGAGGCUGAGCGAAUGAAGGUUGAUCUUCAUCUCGCCCAUGGUAGAUCUGUGUUGACUGAUCUGGUUCCCUCUGGAGUUUCUGAAUUUAAAAAACAAGAGAUGCUGCUGGCUCUGAAUUUCCAGGAAAUGUGCCUUAAGAUCAUUCUUGAUCGUUCAGAAUUUAUGUGUGGUCAUGUUCCCCUCAAGAAUAAUAAAGUUAGUGAAUCAAAUUCAUCCAUAUUCUAUCUGGUGCUCCCUGUCAUUCCAAAAGAGUGCGGCAAAUCGAUAUCUGUGGAUUGGAUGGUCAUUAGAAGGUGCUUGUCAUCGCCGAUAUUUGCCCCUCAUGGUCAUUUAGUGGGUACUCGGAUUACUCUAGAUAGUUGUUUGCAGCUUGCUGAUGGACCUGCCAGUGUAAAUGAUAUUCUGAAUAGCUUAAUUUAUGUUUCCUACAAGAAAUCAUUCUUCUUUGUUUCCCAAAUUCUCCCUGACAAGAAUGGGUUUAGUCUCCACAACAGUUCUACAAGCCAUAUAGAGCACUUGAGUGGAAGCUUUGGGAUUCAUCUAGCACACCCAGGACAACCUCUACUACAAGCUAAACAGCUCUUUUGCUUACACAAUUUGUUGCAUGACAGAAAGAAAGGAAAUCCAGAGUCACGUGAACUAGAUGAACACUUCUUCGAACUACCACCUGAGUUGUGUGAAAUAAAGAUAAUCGGAUUUUCCAAGGACUUGGGGAGCUCAUUGUCUCUGUUGCCAUCUAUCAUGCAUCGCCUGGAAAAUGUGCUUGUAGCAAUUGAACUGAAGGAUAUAUUGUCCAAGUCAUUUGCUGAGGGAACAGUGGUUACGGCUGAACGUGUUCUUGAAGCAUUGACUACCGAACAAUGCCACGAGCGCUUUUCCCUUGAGAGGCUAGAAGUUCUUGGUGAUGCUUUUCUCAAGUUUGCAGUGGGGCGACAUCUCUUUCUUAAGCAUGAAACUUUUGACGAAGGGCAGUUGACUAGGAGGCGUUCAAAUCUAGUAAAGAACUCGAACUUAUGCAAGCUGGCUAUUAAGAAUAAAUUACAGGGAUACAUACGUGAUCAAGAAUUUGACCCUGGCCAAUUUUUUGCUCUUGGUCGUCCUUGCUCAAUCAUAUGUACCAAGCAGACGGAAAGUUUAAUUCAUUGUGACUCUGAAGUUAAUCUGAGAAAUGGGAUUGAUAAUCGUCAACUGAGAUGCAGCAAAAAUCAUCAUUGGUUAACCAAGAAAACAAUUGCAGAUGUAGUUGAAGCACUAAUUGGAGCUUACAUUGUUGACAGUGGUUUUAAAGCAGCAAUUGCAUUCCUUAGAUGGUUUGGUAUACAAGUUGAAUUUGAAGUUUCUCAAGUUUGUCGUGCAUGGACUGCAAGUUCCAGGUUUAUGUCACUUGCAAACCAAAUUAAUAUCCCAGAUAUUGAAGGUAUUGCGGGUCAUCGUUUUGUUCACAAAGGCGUAGUUCUACAAGCAUUUGUACAUCCCUCGUACAAUCGACAUGGAGGAGGUUGCUACCAGAGAUUGGAGUUUCUUGGUGAUGCUGUGUUAGAUUACUUGAUCACUUCCUAUCUAUAUACCGUGUUCCCUGAGCUGAAACCUGGCCAGUUGACUGAUUUAAGAUCAUCCCUUGUGAACAACAGCUCGUUUGCUCAAGUAGCCGCUAGUGGAUUGUACAAAUAUAUUUUAUGUGAGAAUAACAACCUAUGUGCUGCUAUUGAUAAGUAUGUGAACUUCAUCAGAAAGCCUGCUUCAGAAAGGCAUCUACUCGAGGAGCCACCAUGCCCGAAGGCUCUCGGUGACUUGGUUGAAUCUUGUAUUGGUGCAAUUCUUCUUGACACAGGAUUUGACUUGAAUCAUGUGUGGAAGGUGAUGCUCUCGUUUCUAAACCCUACCAUGAGAUUUUCUAAUUUGCAGCUUAGUCCUAUUAGAGAGCUGUUGGAGCUAUGCCAAUAUCAUGGCUGGGAUUCAAAAUUUAUCCCUUCUAAAAGAAAUAGAAGUUUCAUGGUUGAGGCAAUAGUGGAUGGAAAGAGUUUUGCCUCUGCUACAUACCGUAGCAUUAAAGGUGCAAAGAAAAUGGCUGCGCAGCAAGCAACUCAAAAGCUGAAGGCUCAGGGUCACAGACUGAAGACUAAAUCACUGGAGGAAGUCCUUAAAACUCUGCGAAAGAUGGAAGCCAGGCUGGUUGGAUAUGAUGAGAUACCAUUUUCCCUAGUUUCUUCCAGCGAAUUGGCUACUGUUGGAAAUUUGAGUUUGGAGGAUCUUUCUAAUAAUUGUGUGAACCCAGCAAAACUCUCCUUUGAAAACUUGACUUUGAACGAUGAUCCCAUUUCCAGUGCUUGUGUGAGUCCCGACCACAACAUGUAUGAAGUCCCGACAGUUAUCUCUAAUUUUCAGAAAAAAUCCAGAAAAGCACCCAUUUCUUCGUUUAAAAGACAGCAGCAUAGUGGGCGUGAUGGGGAUGAUAACUGUAGCAUUGACUCAGAUGUGCAUGGGAAAGCAACAGCAAGAUCACGAUUACAUGAGAUAUGUGUUAAAAACUGCUGGAGGCACCCCGUUUAUGAGUGCUGUAAAGAGGAAGGACCGAGCCAUCUGAAACUAUUCACUUUCAAGGUAGUGGUGCUAAUCGAGGAAGCCGAAGAUGUGACAAUGGAGUGCUUUGGUCGACCCCAAGUCAAAAAGAAAGCGGCGGCAGAAGAGGCAGCAGAAGGUGCAAUUUGGUUCUUGAAGAAGGAAGGCUACAUGAAGUAAUAAGAACAUGAAUUAUGUGUAUAAAUAGAGGCUAUGUUAGUAAAUAAAUACUUCUAGUAAAUAGUAAGCAGUCCUCCCUGUGAUCUUUGGGGUUGUUGGAUCAAGUCGACAUAAUAGGGAUUAUGGGAAGGGAGAUUAAGUCUUGUGAGCUUUAAGAGAAUUAGGCCACAGGAGGCCCAAAUCUUACAAGUAAAUAAAGUAUAAAUAAUAGAAAAGCAGUUAGUUUGGAUUUGAAUA